AUGGGCUUCGAACUUCAAAAGCUUGCUGAGUACCACGAGAAGCUGAAUAAAUAUCACGGAGAACUGCAGCAGUACCAGAUGCAGCAUCAAUACAAGACAGCCUUGGAUCAGGCGGCUUUCCAUAAAGCUUAUAACUAUAACACAAAUUCCAAUCAAGGUAUGUCUGCAUCUUCCGAGACUAAUACGGGCGCUGAAUCAGAUGUUUCUGACAAGAUGCGGAAUUAUGGAUAUGUCACACAAUAG